UGCUCUAAAAUCAUAUAGCCUAAUGGAGUUGUACAUGAGAGGUUUGGUGGUUCUCUCGCUCUAUUUUCUUUUCACUCUAGCCACAAAGUUCGGUUGUUGUGAUGGACAUGGUUCGAAGGCUCUUUGCAGAGAAGAAGAAAGAGAAGCUCUUUUGAGCUUCAAAAGAGGCAUUCAUGAUCCUUCAAACAGACUCUCUUCUUGGGCCAAUGAAGAGUGUUGUAAUUGGGAAGGAGUUCGUUGUCACAACACAACAGGACAUGCUCUCAAGCUCAACCUCCGACGGGAUCUUUAUCAAGAUCAUGGUUCUUUGGGUGGUGAGAUAAGUAGUUCUUUGUUGGACUUGAAGCACCUUCAAUACUUGGACCUGAGCUGCAAUGACUUUGGGAGUCUUAAUAUUCCAAAAUUCCUUGGUUCCUUAUCCAAUUUAAGAUAUCUUAACCUCUCUACUGCAGGUUUUGGUGGUGUUAUUCCUCAUCAACUUGGAAAUUUAUCCAAGUUGCAUUAUCUCGACGUUGGGAAUUCUUAUUACGACCAUAGCAAUUCUUUGAAUGCUGAGGAUCUUGAAUGGAUUUUUGGUCUUUCAUUCCUAGAGUUUCUUGACAUGACAAAUGUGAACCUAAGCAAGGCAUCAAAUUGGCUACAAGUAAUGAAUAAGUUUCAUUCUUUAUCUGUGCUACGCUUGUCUUAUUGUGAGCUUCAUACUAUUGACCCUCUCCCGCAUGUCAAUUUUUCAUCUUUAGUCAUCCUUGACCUUUCAAUUAAUUAUUUUAUGUCUUCAUCAUUUGAUUGGUUUGCGAAUCUUAAUUCUCUUGUUACUCUUAAUCUAGCAUCUAGUUAUAUUCAAGGUCCAAUUCCAUCAGGUCUUCGUAACAUGACUUCUCUUAGAUUCCUAGAUCUUUCCUAUAACAAUUUUGCUUCUUCUAUUCCUGAUUGGUUAUAUCAUAUAACUAGCCUUGAACACCUCGAUCUUGGAUCCCUUGACAUUGUAUCUAACAAGUUUCAAGGUAAGCUUCCAAAUGAUAUUGGAAAUCUCACUUCUAUCACAUAUCUUGACCUAUCAUACAAUGCUCUUGAAGGAGACGUGCUGAGAUCUCUUGGAAAUCUUUGUACUUUCCAACUUUCGAAUUUGUCAUAUGAUAGGCCUAGAAAAAGUCUAGAGUUUUUAAGCUUGAGGGGAAAUAAACUUUCAGGUUCUUUUCCGGAUACUCUUGGGGAAUGUAAAAGUUUAGAGGGUUUAGACUUGGGAAUGAAUCAGCUUUCAGGUCAUUUGCCCAAUGAACUUGGUCAAUUAGAAAGCUUGUCCUCUCUUUCUAUUGAUGGAAACUCGUUUUCUGGUCAGAUUCCUGUCUCAUUAGGAGGAAUUUCAUCCUUGCGUUAUCUAAGCAUUAAGGAAAACUUCUUCGAGGGUAUAAUAUCUGAAAAGCUCCUUGCCAAUCUAACAAGUUUAGAAGAAUUGGAUGCAUCUUCAAACUUGUUAACUUUGCAAGUCAGCUCCAGGGCCUCAAUUUCCUGCAUGGCUUCAAACACAGAAGUAUUUGAAAGAUCUAAACAUGUCCUAUGCAGGAAUCUCUAGUGUCAUCCCAGCUUGGUUUUGGACACGAUCCUUUGAUACAGUUGAUCUGUCUCACAACCAAAUCUCUGGUAGAAUUCCAAGUUUACAUUUUGCAUCAAUCAAUCUUGGCUCAAACAAUUUCACUGAUCCACUGCCCCAAAUCUCUUCUGAUGUAGAAAGACUAGACCUCUCCAAUAAUUUAUUCUGUGGAUCUCUUUCACCCAUGUUGUGUCGGAGAACUGAUAAAGAAGUAAAUUUAUUGGAGUCUCUAGACAUCUCAGGAAAUCUUCUGUCAGGAGAACUUCCCAAUUGUUGGAUGUAUUGGAGAGAAUUGACGAUGUUAAAAUUGGGAAAUAAUAAUCUGACGGGACAUAUACCUAGCUCCAUGGGUUCUCUAAUUUGGCUCGGUUCAUUGCACUUGCGCAACAACCAUCUCUCCGGAAAUUUUCCACUUCCAUUGAAAAAUUGCUCUAGUCUAGUGGUUCUAGACCUUAGUAAGAAUGAAUUCACUGGGACGAUACCAGCAUGGAUGGGGAACUUCGAUGGAAAGUUCAUUGAAACAUUACCAGUGGAUGGUGAGAUUGCAUAUACACCGGGUCUAAUGGUUCUUGUCCUUCAUUCAAAUAAGUUCACUGGAAGUAUUCCUCUUGAACUCUGCCACCUUGAUUCCCUUCAAAUCCUGGACUUGGGAAACAACAAUCUCUCGGGAACCAUUCCUAGAUGCUUUAGUAAUUUCAGCAGCAUGACCAAACAAUCGAAUUCAAGUUCCCCAUUUCCUUUUCAUAAUGAACGUUAUUUUGAAUCGGAAUCAACCGACACAGCAACACUGGUUAUGAAAGGAGUAGAGUACGAGUACGACAAUACACUUGGCCUCCUAGCUGGCAUGGACCUCUCAAGCAAUAAGUUAUCUGGUGAGAUCCCAGAAGAACUCACAGAUCUCCAUGGGUUGAUAUUCUUGAACCUGUCUAAUAACCAUCUCCAAGGGAAGAUUCCUGUGAAGAUUGGGGCCAUGACAUCACUGGAGUCUCUUGAUCUCUCCAUGAAUAGACUCUCUGGUGUUAUUCCUCAAGGUAUGGCAAAUAUAUCAUUUUUGAGCAAUUUAAAUUUGUCAUACAACAACUUGUCUGGCAAAAUUCCAUCAGGCACCCAGAUCCAAGGCUUUAGUCCCCUCAGUUUCAUUGGCAACCCGGAGCUUUGUGGAGCUCCACUGACUGAUGGUUGUGGGGAAGAUGGUAAACCAAAAGGUCCAAUUCCGGACAAUGAUGAUGAAGAGGACAAUGGAUGGAUUGAUAUGAAAUGGUUCUAUUUGGGUAUGCCAUGGGGUUUCGUGGUUGGCUUUUGGGCCAUUUUGGCUCCAUUAGCAUUCAACAGAGCUUGGAGACAUGCUUAUUUUCGGUUGCUGGACGACGUGAAGUAUAAACUACUCGGAUGGUGUUUGUAAUUGCAAAUAAAUUUGGCAACCUUGUUUUCCAUGUUUUUUUUACUGAUCCCAAGUUUGAAUUUAUCAGUUCAAAUUAUGUCCUUUUGCUCA